AUGACGCGUCGGAAAAGUGAAUUUAAAAAGACUUUAGUGUUAGUUUUAAUUUCGUGUGCGUUUGUACAAUCGCGACCACAAGACUCUUUAACAACAUCACUUAGUAAUGCUGAGACAACAGAAACGCCAAUAAGCAGUCCCUUUUUGAUAAACGAAAGAUAUAAUCUUGCUCAAAGAGAAAAUGCAAGGACAAAUCGAGUUAUUCAUAAGAAUUUUAGAGUUAGACAGAAAGGUUCAGAAACAAAUAAGCGUAAGUCACAAAAUAAUAGAAUACACUCAAGCUCAAAUAACAGUAAGGUUAAAAAAAUUAUAACCAAAUGGAUAGAUAGCGUUACCCCAGAAAGUUCACCAGGAGAGUAUUAUGGUGUUAAGGAACCAGAUUCAUUCGUUCAUAAUUAUUAUACUAGUACUGAAUUAAUCAAAGACAACCAAGCAUCUGACAAAAUUUACUCAAGUUAUAAUUAUCCCCAACAUGAUAAUUCUGAAGAAACACAUAUUUACACUAGUAAUAUUCAUAUAAUUGACAAGCAUCCAUAUAACUCCGCAACUAGACCAACUUUUAUAUUUAGCACCCCGACACCUACUCCUAUAAUUACAAAUGUAGGAUAUCCACAACCCUGGCCCGAACGUUUUCACAACACUCUAAAGCCAACUACGGCAAAACCUAUUAAAUAUACUAAGCCUUCAUAUAAUCACAAUAACUAUCCUCAGUAUCCUGGUAACUUUGAAGUUACCACGUUUCCGCCUACACAAGGCUACACCGAUAGAAUAGUUAUAAGACCAGAAGAGUAUGCUGCAUCUUCUGAUGAUUGUCCAACAAUAUUUCUUACUCUCAAUAAUACUUUUCAAGGUCAAGCAAAAGAGGCUUGUCCAGAUCUUAAUAUUGCAGUAAAUACAAAUGUUGUCAAUAAAAAUGUUGUUGUAGAAUCAGAAGAAGAUACAGAUACUACAUUAACCGAUAUAUUUGGUUUUCCAAAUGAUAAUUCUGAAAGUGAAGAAGCGUCACAUGAUUAUACGGAAGAAGAUGAAGAAAACGAUAGUGCUCCAAUCGAGAGUCUGGAGCUAUCAAAUUAUAAUGCUGCUAAUGGCGUAAUUGAAGCAGAAUCAGUUGAAAAUUCAAAUAUAGCUUUACCGAGUUCGCCCGUAUCCGCUUUAUCACGUCCUAAUAAAGACAGUGCCAACGAUGAUGGGUUUGGAUUAUCAGUAAUUGUAGACUUUUUUCGUCCUGCUAUAUCGGCUUUUAGUUGGCUAGCAUCUAUAAAUCCCUUGAGUUUUCCCGCUCUAUCUUUUAUAUUGACACCUAUAAUUCUAACGGUUGCUAGUACUUCGGGAUUAGCAGCAUUAUUUGCUCCUUGGGUAUUAAGUUAUGCUAGACAAGCCCCGGAUGUAGAUAUAUUUGAACCACAGUGGCACUGGGAUAAUAGUCAUAAAAUAUGGAAUCUACAUUCACAAUAUAGUAAUCGAAAUUGGACACCACGCAACCACGCACCAGCUUUCGUAGUUACUGAUUCAGAACGCAAAGUUAAAGUAGCGAAGAAGCAAACUUGGUUAGACAGAGAGCAUCAGAAUGGGUUAGACCUUGAAGUAAAAGUUACCGGACAAAAUACUUCCACGGAACGUUCAAAUAAAGAAGAAGGCAGUUCAUCAAGAGAAGUAAAAAAUAAAACUCCUGUCAUUAAGGAAUCGAUUAAAAUUGUUGCUGAUCAAUUAUUAGAAAAACCACUAAAUGAGUCUGUAACACCUCUUGUGUCAGAUACAAGAAUACCUCCAAAGUUAAAAAACCAACUUGUUCAAAAUCAAAAAAUUCGAACUCGGCUAGAAGAUGCUGGUGAGCUUAUUGAAGAUUCACACAUUGGUGUUGCUGUUCCAGUUACUAUGGAAGAGCUCGAAUUAGAAAACAGUUUAAAUCAGCCCUCCUCCAGUCAAUCAUCUACAUCAAAAGAAGGGAUUUCCACAUGGAUUCUAUUAAAUAAUCCGGUAAGCAAAGAAAACACCACAUUGUCUACAGAACCAACGAAAGUAGAAGAUAACAAAAAAUCUAAGCCCAUAAAAAACAAGACUAAACGACCUCAAAGCAAGCCAUCUUUACCAAAAAGGCCAGUAAUAGGAAGCACCAAUAAGUCAGAUCUAAUAGCUAGUGGUUCAGCCAUAAAUGAAAAUGUUUACAACAAAAUUAAAGAUACUGUUUUGUCAAAUGUACAGAAAAAUAAAAACAUCCCUUCUCGAACAACAAUUCCAUCGACAACUACAGCAGCUUCAACGACAAUUAUAUCGGUAAAAAAAGAAACAGCUACAAAGGAGGAAAUAUCCAUUCCUGUUGUAAAAGUGACAUCUAAGCCAAGCAAAAAGAAGGACAAAAAUAAACAAAAGACUACUACUACGUUAGCGCCUAUAACUCAUGAGUCUGCGAUGAUGCCGAUGGAAGCAAAAGAACAAGAAAUUGAAUUAGAAGUAAGUACGCCAGCAACAACGACAAAAAAACCUAAGCGAUCAUCUACAAAAAAGAAAUCUAAAACGAAGAAACGUAAAUCUUCUAAGCCAAAACCAAUCCAAACUAGUGUCUCAACAGAGCUAAAAACUGCAAACAAGACAAAAACAAAAACCACAAAAACAUCUAAGAAACCUACAGCUGUAACUGGACCUUUUACUAGUCAAAUAUACAAUUACUUUUCACGAGAGGUAAUGCCAUCAGUUGGCGUUGGUGUUAUAGGGUUGGCUGGUCUGGUUGGUAUCGCGAGUUAUUUCUUAUAUCCAUUUGCCACUCCAGUAAGAAGGACCUUUGAAGUUGAUAAAAAAGAUGAUAUUUAUAGAAAUAACGCUGAAGAAUACGCCAGUGAAGGAAAUGGCCAACCUGAAGAAGAAAUGUUGGGAACGGUGCUUGCUGGAAUGCCUGCUCAUGCUAAGCAAAAAUUAAACCCUUACGCGGCACAAACAACUUUUAACAAUCGAUAUCCUGUUAAAAAAGAUCCAAACCAACAAGAUACUAGAUACCGACAUGUAACAAAGUAUGACCCAAACUACAAUGUUCAUUAUUCACAGCAAAAAACUGGGAUUGCUCACGGUGCUGUAUAUUCUGAACCUAUUAAUUACCACCGUCGCCCUCAGUACGAAACUAGACAUGCUUAUACAACAGCAUACCCCGCUGUAGAACCUAUUUAUGCCGCACCACAAACAGGUCCGUCUGAAAUAUCUGCAUAUGGAAGUGACUCUUCCGGUUCAGUAGUAUAUGGAGUUAAGCCGUCAGCAGACACAGAUUUCAAACCAGUAUAUCCCUAUGACAAUCAAUUUUAUGGAGAAACAACAAGUAGUCCGGUAACCUAUUCCCCCACGUCAAUGUAUCUGGGAUCAAAUAAUGAAUCAGACGAAAGAGAAAACAUAAAGUACGACGAAGAUUCUGAUACGAAUUCAGAGAGCGGUGAUAAUAAAUUUGUGGUCGGUAACGUACCAAAGGAGUUAACUGAUUCUGAAACACCGGCAGUUGUACCCGAACAUGGUCCAAGGAAAUUAAAUAGAAAACGGAGAAGUGCGCGUUCGAAUCGAGGUAUAGCUAUUGAUGAGUUUUUAGAAGCUGCGAAUAAAAGAGAAAAAGAUGUUGUCUUAAGUAAUGAAAUUGAUGACACACUCGGUUAUGCUCCUCAUAUACCGGAAUCCAUAGAAUCGAUGGCAAUUAAAACGGAAAGUGGUGAAAAUAACGAAAUAAUUGAAAGCGUUUCGACUGUGCCAAUUGUUCAAACAACAGAAAACAUUGUGAUCAACGACAGAACGACCGUUAAGACUUCUUCGCCCGAUGAAUCUAAAGAAACAUCGGAGAAGAUAACAACAGAUAUCAAAAGUAGUACUCCAGUAAAACUCCCAACACCAGAAACAACAAGUAAACCAACAAAUCCACUUUUUCCAGAGAUAUUAACUUAUCCCCCACCUUCAACUGGUAACGGAUUCUUUGACUUUUUACAACGGUUAGUCGAGUUUAAGUAUCGAUUAGGUUUAAGUAUACUUCAAAAUACGUCAAAAUCUCUUAAUAGAUAUUUAAGAAGCAUGGAGGAGUCAAUACAGAAGGCGACGGUGGAUGCAUCUCACUAG